CCCCCUACCCCCGGCGGCCGCCCCGGCUCCGCGUCCCGAGCGAUGGCGGCGAACCGGGCGGGGCGGCGGCGGGGCCGGGGGGGCUCGGCCGGCCCGGGGGGGCUCGCGGAGGGUCGGGGGUCCCCGGGGGGGCUCUCGCCGGACCCCCGGGGGGGUUCCGGGGGGUCCCCGGGCCGCAGCCCCGGGGUGCAGCGGAGAUCGGCGCGGGUCACGGUGCGCUACAACCGGCAGGAGCUGCAGCGGCGGCUGGACACGGAGCGCUGGAUGGACGGGAGGAUCGGGGAGCUCUACCGGGGACAGGAGAUGCCGGAGGAGCUGAACAUCGAUGAACUCCUGGAGCUCGACACGGACGAGGAGCGAGCCCGGAAAAUCCAGACCAUGCUCAGCUCCUGCGCCGCCGACACCCGGGAAUUCGUGGCGCAGCUCCUGGAGCAGCUCCGGGGGCUCCCGAGGCAGCGGCUCCUGCAGGGGCCCCUCCCCCACCCCUGACCCCUCCCCCACCCCGACCCCUCCC